UAACAACCCUCAGCCAAAAAUGGACAUCUGCGAAACCUUAACUCAAAUUUGUUCAACUCUCUACACCCUAGAAGUCUCUCCAAAUCUCCCAUCCACCUACAGCACUCCAAAAUUCACCUUCACUCGACUAGCCCCCACCCAAAUCUACACCUGCAAAUAAGCCAUUCAAGAGCACAAAGGUCCAAGAGGCCUCUGCUACACUUGGCUCAGACACUAAAAUCCUAAGCGACAAAUUUUUGACCAAAAAGUUUGCUCUUCUGUUACGAAUCUAUGCGGCUAGAGCCCCUGAAGCCAUUGAAGGCCUCGAGGUCAUCGAAGAUGCCUAUUUCGAUAACAGUUCACUCUGCAUCGAAGUUUCUAGCAACGUACAAGAUCUUGGACUGGAAGACCACAAAACGAGGGAGCCUGGAGGCUCAGGCGUCAAUGUAAGAACUAUUGGGGUACUUCGGUCGGUAUUUAGAGAGAAAUUUGGCACUCCAAGGCAAAGUUUGUUCACACAGAUGGCAAAGAGCUCACUACGCGUCCAGAUUAGCAGCGAGUUUAGGGAGAUGUACUACUGGGUCGUGUUUGUGUUCCAUAAAGAUUUUAUAGGGACUAAUCGGAUAUAUGCGGAUAGUGAAAGGGGAGAAACUGUAAAGAAAGGCAAAAUUAAACCUCCCAAGCUCUUUGGAGAUACUAUGGGCAUUUUUGCAACCAGAAGUCCGCAUAGAUACAAUCCGAUUGGGAUAAGUAUUGGCAAACUUGAGAAAACAGUUGUUGAAGAUGACUCUACUACUUUAUACUUCGAAGGUCUAGAUUUAGUUCAUGAAACACCAAUACUUUGAGUCAUUCCAUACACUUGAGAUCAUUCAGUGAAAUCGUUGGAGAUUCCUCAAUGGCUUUCUGAUACUCAAAAUGAGAAACUACUGGACGUAAAGUUUACCUCAAACUCUAUGGAGGAUAUUGAUGGAUUACUAGAAUCUGGAAUACUAGAAUUUUACCACAGCUCUUCAGACCUGUGAUCACUGAUUGAAUCAGUUCUGUGUCUAAACCCUCACUCCACUCAUGUACUCAAAUCUCAUAGCAAAUCUCAGCUUUAUGGGAUAGAGCUUGAUAACCUAAACAUUAUCUAUAGCAUGGAUUCUGAAAAAGAAGGAAUUGAAGUGCAAAGAGUGCUAGACAUUAAUAACUGUGAAGAGUACUAUGGUCAUAUUAAAAAGACUAAAAGUAAGUCAAGUGUAGUUUUCAUGAUAAAACAUCAUGACCACAAUCUUUCUGGACUAGCUUCAAUCUAG